UGCGGCGGCGGCGGAGUCGGUAACGGCAGCUGUGGUAAAGGAGGAGGAGGAGCCGAGCGGGCGCUGGCACGGGCACUGACACUGACACUGGCACCGAAGCCUGACCAUGGACGAGGAAUAUGAUGUGAUCGUGCUGGGGACCGGUCUUACUGAAUGCAUCCUGUCAGGCAUCAUGUCUGUGAAUGGAAAGAAGGUGCUGCACAUGGACCGGAACCCCUACUAUGGGGGAGAGAGCUCCUCCAUCACACCCCUGGAGGAGCUAUACAAGCGUUUUCAGUUGCUGGAGGGGCCCCCUGAAUCGAUGGGCCGGGGUCGAGACUGGAACGUUGACCUGAUCCCCAAAUUCCUCAUGGCCAAUGGGCAGCUGGUAAAGAUGCUACUGUACACAGAAGUGACUCGCUACCUGGACUUCAAGGUGGUUGAGGGCAGCUUUGUCUACAAGGGAGGAAAGAUCUACAAGGUGCCAUCCACUGAGACUGAGGCCUUGGCUUCUAACCUGAUGGGCAUGUUUGAAAAACGACGCUUCCGCAAGUUCCUGGUAUUUGUGGCGAACUUCGAUGAGAAUGACCCCAAGACCUUUGAGGGUGUUGACCCCCAGAGUACCAGCAUGCGUGAUGUCUACCGGAAGUUUGACCUGGGCCAGGAUGUCAUCGACUUCACUGGCCACGCCUUGGCCCUCUACCGCACUGAUGACUAUUUGGAUCAGCCCUGUCUUGAGACUAUCAACCGCAUCAAGUUGUACAGCGAGUCGUUGGCCCGAUAUGGCAAGAGCCCAUAUUUAUACCCGCUCUAUGGCCUGGGUGAGCUUCCUCAGGGCUUUGCCAGAUUGAGUGCCAUCUAUGGGGGAACAUACAUGCUGAACAAACCUGUGGAUGACAUCAUCAUGGAGAAUGGCAAGGUGGUAGGGGUGAAGUCUGAGGGAGAGGUGGCCCGCUGCAAACAGCUGAUCUGUGACCCCAGCUACAUCCCAGACCGCGUGCGGAAGGCUGGCCAGGUUAUCCGCAUCAUCUGUAUCCUCAGCCACCCCAUCAAGAACACCAAUGAUGCCAAUUCCUGCCAAAUCAUCAUCCCUCAGAACCAGGUUAACAGGAAGUCAGACAUCUACGUGUGCAUGAUCUCCUAUGCACACAACGUGGCUGCCCAGGGCAAGUAUAUUGCCAUUGCCAGCACCACGGUGGAGACUGCCGAGCCAGAAAAGGAGGUUGAGCCAGCAUUGGAGCUGUUGGAGCCUAUUGAUCAGAAGUUUGUGGCUAUCAGUGACUUGUAUGAGCCCAUUGAUGAUGGUUCGGAGAGCCAGGUGUUCUGCUCGUGCUCCUAUGAUGCCACUACACACUUUGAGACAACCUGCAACGACAUCAAAGACAUCUACAAACGCAUGGCUGGCUCGGCCUUUGACUUUGAGAAUAUGAAGCGCAAACAGAAUGAUGUCUUCGGAGAAGCUGACCAGUGAUUGCUGAUCACCUUCCCCCAGCCCCCGUUGCCCUCUCCCCAACCUGUGUCUGUUCUCCUCAAGGGCUGGGGAGAUGGUAUGGCUGGGUACCCCUAUUUCCAGCAUCCUCUGCUUCCCCCACCACAUUCCCAUCACCCACCUCAUUGAUUCACUGACCAAAUCUUUAACCUUAGAGAUGGCUUGGGAGAUGGGAGUUGGAUAGCAUCCUCUUUCUUGGCCCUUGUUUAUCCUAGGAAAAGAGGAUUCCUCUCCUGAUGUAUGUCUCCUUCCCCUCCCCCCAUUCUUCUGCUCUGUUAGGGAAGGACGUGGAGGAAAAGCUGACUCUGCCUGCACUGCUCUUACCCCCACUGUAGUGGCCUUUGGAGAUGCUCCCUGCCUCCCCCCACCAACUGUUGUGUGUUGGGAGAGAGGGGGCCCUCCCAGCACAAAAUUGCAUUCCUUCCCUUAAUUUAUUCUAAUUUAUUAACUAGCCUGCCCUCUCUGAGCCUGAAGCCUUCUGGUGUAGCCUGGGGGCUGUUGGAAUGAGCUACCCCUACCCCCUUCCAGCCCUGGAAGCCUGGGAAAGGGGAGGUUUAGGUGUGUCCCCCUGGAGGUUGAUAUUUUUGUUUUUAUUCCUUGUCUUUGUGUUUGUGUUCUCUGGUACUUGCUGAAAAAAUGUGAGCAAAGCAGAAGGAGGUGGGAAAAUGGACCCAAACCCAUGUGCCCUGCCCCAAGCCUUUCCUUUAUAGUGGUGGGAAACCCUUAUCUUGCAAAGUGACUGUGUCUCCUUCCCCAAACUCUAGUGUAUUUCACAGGAAAUAAAAACUCUCAAUAAAACUGUUUGAAACCUGAA